UUUCUUUCCUCAGAUCACACUUCACUCUCUAGCUCUUUAUUAUAUCUUCCACGCCUUAACAGCUUAUAUUUAAUUUACGCAUUAUUCCUCUGAAUUUCAUCACCAUGGCUUCUUCAGCUAUAAGCAUGGGCUCUUCCAUUUCUCUUGACGCCCCUAGGGCUAGUACAAAACUCAACAUCUCCUCCUCUCUCCAUACUCCUUCCAUUCUCCAUUUCCCUAAACAGUCCCCCAGAACCACUUCUUUUCCUCCCUCUCCUUCUAUUUCCACAACUAUUCCUAACAAAGUCACUCUUCCUCCUGCUCCUUCUGUUGAUAAAUCCUUGGCACCAGAGAUCAACCAAUUGAAUCUUUUACAAAGGGCUGCAGCUAUGGCCUUAGAUGCUGUGGAAAGUGCUUUGGUUUCACAUGAAAAUCAAUACCCUCUUCCCAAAACUGCUGACCCAACAGUCCAAAUUUCAGGUAACUUCGCUCCCGUGCCGGAGCAACCCGUUGUACAUAAUUUGCCUGUUGCCGGUAAAAUCCCAGACAGCAUUCGAGGUGUUUAUCUUCGAAACGGCGCAAACCCGCUUCACGAACCUGUGGCUGGUCACCACUUUUUUGAUGGUGAUGGGAUGGUCCAUGCUGUCCGCUUUGAGAACGGGUCUGUCAGCUAUGCUUGUCGGUUCACGGAGACAAACAGGCUUGUUCAAGAGAGAAAAUUGGGACGCCCCGUUUUCCCAAAGGCCAUCGGUGAACUCCAUGGCCACUCCGGGAUAGCUAGGCUGUUGCUUUUUUGUGCUCGUGGCCUUUUUGGGAUCGUUGAUCCUAGCCAUGGGACGGGUGUUGCUAACGCUGGGUUGGUAUACUUUAAUGGUCGUCUUCUUGCCAUGUCUGAAGAUGAUUUGCCUUACCAUGUUCGUGUUCUUCCCUCUGGAGACCUCAAAACUGUUGGGCGAAACAAUUUCAAUGGCCAACUCAAGAGUACAAUGAUUGCUCAUCCAAAAGUCGACCCAUCUUCUGGGGAAUUGUUUGCUCUUAGCUACGAUGUUGUCCAGAAGCCAUAUCUGAAAUAUUUCAGAUUUUCUGCCGAUGGUAAAAAGUCUCCUGAUGUUGAAAUCUCACUUGAUCAACCAACCAUGAUGCAUGAUUUUGCCAUUACUGAGAGGUUCGUUGUUAUUCCUGAUCAACAAAUAGUGUUCAAAUUGCCCGAAAUGAUUUGCGGUGGCUCACCGGUAAUCUACGACAAGAAGAAGAUGUCAAGGUUUGGGGUAUUGGAAAAGAAAGCCAAUGACGCUUCCAAGAUUAGGUGGAUAGAAGCGCCUGAUUGCUUCUGUUUCCAUCUCUGGAACGCAUGGGAAGAGCCUGAGACUGAUGAGUUAGUGGUGAUUGGAUCUUGCAUGACUCCACCAGAUUCCAUUUUCAAUGAAUGUGAUGAGAGUUUAAAGAGUGUUCUCUCAGAAAUCAGGCUAAAUUUGAAGACUGGAAAGUCCACUCGCCGUCCUAUCAUUUCAGGUCCUGAACAGGUAAACUUAGAAGCAGGAAUGGUGAAUCGAAACCUUCUAGGCAGAAAGACCCAGUUUGCAUACUUAGCUCUUGCCGAGCCAUGGCCGAAAGUGUCUGGUUUUGCUAAAGUAGACCUCUCAACAGGAGAGGUACACAAGUAUAUCUAUGGAAACAACAAGUAUGGUGGUGAGCCUCUGUUUCUUCCGAGUGAACCAAACUCCAAUUCAGGCAAAGAAGAUUCUGGGUACAUUUUAUGCUUUGUUCAUGACGAAAAACAGUGGAAAUCAGAGCUACAAAUUGUGAAUGCCAUGAAUUUGCAGCUAGAAGCAACAGUGAAGCUUCCUAGCCGAGUUCCUUAUGGUUUUCAUGGCACGUUUAUUAGUGCUAAGGAUUUGGAGAAGCAAGCCUAGAUAGAGAAGGCUGUGUAGGUAUGAUUUUCUUAGCAGAAGAUUCAGAGAGGAGAUUGACCAGAGGGAUUGUUUGCAGAUAUGUCCCCGGGUCUCCUCAUCUGUCACAGUGUCAUCCUGUUUCUGGUUAUUUUUUCUCUUUUGGUUCACAUGUUUCAGAGUGAGAGGCUGAGGGAGCAGCUUGUAGCUUUCUGGGUAUAGGUAGACUGAAGCUCAGCUGGUCUCUGCUUAUUCUUUCACUUGAUGUGCAUAAAAAUAAAAAGGUAUAGAACUCCAAGAGGACAUACAUGUGAUGUGUAUUUUCCUGUAUUUUCUUUGUUUUGAUCUGUAAAUAUUAUGAAUUAUGCAUAUAUAAUACAAGUUUUCUUGUUCAUUAGUAA